AACAGCCUCCGCUGCGCACGCGCGCAAUCAGAAAGCCGAUUCAGCCGCUGAUUGAGACUUACUGUGCUUUCUGUGAUAUUUGCUGAAGAUGCUCGGAGAAAUACAGCAGGUUUUGCGAUGGGUCAUGCUUUUGGAAAAACGGACACCGCAGCGACGUUUAACUGCGGGAGGGCUUCUGAUACUUCUGUGGACCGAAACCGGGGAUUCUCUUCAAAGCGUAAACUGUGCUGUGGCAGCAGCUGGUCCCUGGUUCUCCGGAUUUGAAGGGAAAGUGCUCCAACCUGUCCCCACUGACCUGAAGGAGAGCAUGUCUGCCUGCACGUGGUCGAGUCCUCAGCCUGAUCCCGAGGAGCUGUGCGCCUUCACCGACAUGCACGGUUCUCUCCGACUGCUGCUGUCUUUUCAGAUGAAAGAUGCAAGACUCUUCGGUCCAGGGUGGUGCGCUCAAACAGAGGCGUUCCUGCACUCAUUCAGCUUGGCCAACGCGAGGAUAAAAAUGCACUUUAAAUGCAAAGUCAGUCAGCAGAGCUUCCAGCGAGACUUUAGAGCGAAGAUCAAGCGUAAACUAACCUGUCCAAACCGACCACCGCUGCUCUUGGAUGUCACAUGUCAAACACAGCCUCCAGCAUGCGUGAAGAAAGGGUGCUGGUGUCAUGGAGGACACCCUGUCCUCGGGGGCAGGUUGCCACUGAGUGUCCCACCUGAAGCCAUGGACCGUGGCCUGUUUGGGGAGCUCAGCGUCCAGCUCGUCACUGUCCUCCGCCCAUGUGUGCUUCAGUACCCCAAUCUGGCAAUACAACUCACUGACAUACAAGUGUUGGUAUGCGGCCCCAGUAAUGUUCCUUUCACAGGCCCCUUCACCCUCCUCCAGAACCUUCCUGCUCAUCUGGACUGUGAGGAUCUGGGCCUGCUUGGCCUUCACUGCUCCUCCUUAAAAGUGGACAGGGGUGACACUUUAAACACAGUAGAGCGAGGAAACAGUGAGCGAGGACGGACUCUUCCCACAAUGCACCAGAGUCUCCUGCUCUACGUCUUCCUGCAGCACAGUGACCCCUUCAGCCACCGGCUCUCCGAUCGGAUGGCCACAGAGGUGCUGAUAGAGCGCCACCUGGAGGAUAUCCUGAGCAACAACAGGCAGGCCGUCACGACAGCCCUUCAGACGGAGCUGAGGAACUCACUGAAAUCCCAACAUCACAGAAAGAAGGAUCAAGAGAAGCUGCGUUCGGCUGCUGAGGUGAUUCUCAGUUCAGCCGUCAGCAUUGUGAGCUGCAGCAGCAACAUGGACUUCAGAAAAGCCUGUCUGAACAGCAUGAAGGUGCGUGACACUCACGAAUUAUCAGCCUCUCUCUGUGAAUCGCUGAGGAGGGUGACGUCAUGGAAAUUCACCCCCAGGUGCAAGUGUUUCUCAGCUCAGAUGGAAAAACAUCCUUGUACUGAUGAGUGUACCAGAACAGAAAUCUGAGAGUGAUUCUUCUGUUCUAGCUGAAGAAUGCGGAAGAAGUAUACACUGCAAUUAAAACAUAUACAUACCUAAAGUCUUCUAUUAGUAAAUGUUUUUAAAUGUGGUGUUUAAAAAGGAGCUAUGGAUCAUUUUAUUUUAAACAAAAUGAUUUACCAUAGUUUUUUUGUUUUGACCAAAUAUAUUUAGAAUUGGAAUUAGAGAAAGUACAUUGAGCUGAAUUCUUGAACCCUGAGAUGCUUUUUUUUAAUACAUUAUGGACACUGUAAGGUAAAACAAGUUAAGCUUGGACAACCACACAGGCCUGAAUGCUA